AUGGUACAUUUUUCUAACAUUCUCAAGGCCGCUGCUUUUCGCACUGUCAUAAUCGGAGCACCAGGGUCGGGCAAAGGCACGGUGUCGUCUAGGAUUGUUAAGACUUUUGGGGUUAGUCACAUAUCUACUGGAGACAAACUUAGGGACCACGUGACACGUGCUACUGACUUAGGUAAACAAGCCUCCAAGUUUAUGAAUGAAGGAAGUCUGGUACCUGAUGAAUUAAUUAUCGAUCUUGUUGCGCAUGAAAUUAGUGCUAUCAGUGGUGCUAAUUAUUUAUUAGAUGGAUUUCCAAGGACAAUAGAACAAGCAAAAAAAUUACAAGAAAAAUUUCCAGUUAAUUUAGUAUUAAAUUUGAUAGUACCUCAUGAAGUAAUAAUUGAACGAGUACGAAAUAGAUGGGUACAUCUACCCAGCGGACGUGUUUACAAUAUUGGUUUUAAUGAUCCUACAGUACCGGGAAAGGAUGAUGUUACCGGAGAACCCUUGAGCCAAAGAAUCGACGACCGACCAGAAGUCGUUGCUAAAAGGCUCGAAAAUUAUGUACUGAAAACCGAGCCAGUUAUUAAUUAUUAUAAGACAUUAGGUAUCGUGGGAGAUUUCAAAGGAAACACGACUAACGAAAUUUGGCCUAAGAUUAAAGAACACAUAGAUAAAUUUAUUUCUUCUAAAUAA